GGAGUCGCACUCCUCCAGGACCCACCCCACUGCCCUUUGUGGGAACUGUACUCCUGGUUGCGAGAGACCCAAUGGCCUGCAUCAGAUCGGUCAGUUUCCACAUUCUCCUGUAUACCGAGGCUGUGUGUUCACAUUCUGUAGUGGUUAUGAAAUAGUUUCUGUGAUUGUGUAAUGUCUGGAUGACUGAUAAUGUAAUAACAAUUAUGUGGCACAACGAACAGCAAUUCUGAACAGCCCACUGAGGAAGUGUCAUACAUCUGACACGUAAUAUCUGUAUCAUAAGUAAGUAUUCAGUACAGCAAUACAUAUGCAAUUGAAUAUAGUCACUAACCUCCUGAUUACUGGCAAUGGUGACAGUUUUUAAACCUUAGAAUAUUUAGAAAUCUGUAGUUGUGACUGCCGGUAGACUUCUGAACUUCCUUAUCUAGUCAUGUCGAAACUUGUACAAUCGUUGUUCUGCCAUGGAAUGUAGCCAGCAGCUCAGCAACAACAGGCAUAACAAACACUCCCCCAAACACUCCCCUCAAAAAGAUACCAGCGGCUGAGAACAGAGCCGGUCACUUCCAAUACAGCACACAGCAGCUGUGAAGUGAGCAGGUCCCACAGGUGACUGGUCACCCCUCAUACAGCACACUGCAUUCCUGCCCACACCUGUCCUGAGUCAACCUGGGAGUGUCAUGAGCUGAAAGCACAGCCGGGUGCCAAAGGUGCCACAGGUGUGUAAGUUUACUGUGUGCAGUACAGACGCCUGUAUAAGUGUACAUUGUUCCCUUGGUACAGAGCUCACGUUAGCCUUAAAUAACCUUAAAUAAAUACUGUACCUUAAAUGCUAAUCCAGGGGUCUGUACUGUACUGUAACCCACCUGGUUACAAAGGUGUCUGUACUAUAUUGUAACCCACCUUGUUACACCUGAAGCCUUUGUGAGCUGAAUCAGUUGGUGUAUAACCGGGACUGCACUGUAACAUCAUCUGUGGACUGAAGUCUAGAGAUUACGAUGAGCCAAUAUGGAGAGAUGUGCACCAUGCACUUGGGCAGAAUGCCAAUCAUUGUCCUGAACAGCAUGGAGCUGAUGAAGGAAGCGUACAUUAACAAAGGCAGUGUGUUUUCCGGAAGACCGUUCCUGCCAUUAAUUGACUGGAUGUACCCUGGGGAAGGUAUCUUGACGGUCACGUACGGGAAAGUGUGGAAAGAGCAGCGACGCUUUGUGCUGCACACGCUGCGUAAUUUCGGUCUGGGGAAGAAGUCUGUGGAGGAGCGUGUGAAAGAGGAAGCACAAUACCUCGUCCAAGAGCUCCAGCAGCACGAGGGGAACCCUUUUUACCCCAUCCACCCCAUUAUGAACGCUGUUUCCAACAUCAUCUGCUCCAUCGUAUUUGGAGACCGUUUCGACUACAACAACAAGCGCUUUGCUCGGCUGCUGGAACUCCUGAAUGAAAACAUUCGACUUGCUGGUGAACCUGCAGCACAGAUUUUCAACCUGUUGCCCUUCAUAAAACACUUCCCAGGGCCACACCAGAAGAUCCACCGCAAUGCCAGUGCCUUAUUAGAUUUCAUCCAGGAGUCGGUGGUGGAGCACAGGAACACUCUGGAUCCAGAAAACCUGCGGGACUUCAUCGAUGCCUACCUGGUGGAAAUGAGUAAGCACAAAUCUACGGAUAACUCCAUGUUCCAUGAGAAGAACUUGAUUACAACGACAUUAGACCUCUUCUUUGCUGGCACUGACACUACAGCGACCACUCUCCGCUGGGGUCUCAUUUUCAUGAUGGACAACCCCAAUGUCCAAGAGCGCUGUCAUGAGGAGAUCGUUCGUGUGCUGGGCUAUGACCGUGCUCCCAGCAUGGACGACCGCUCACGUCUCCCGUACACCUACGCCACCGUCCAUGAGAUCCAGCGCCUUGGCAACAUUGUGCCCCUCGGCGUGGUGCACGAGACAACGCAGCCCACCCAGCUACGGGGGUACAACAUCGCCAAGGGAACAAUGAUCAUGACUAACCUCACUGCAGUCUUCACUGACAAAGAGUACUGGAAGCACCCAGAAACAUUCAACCCAGAGAACUUUCUGGAUGAGGAAGGGCAGUUCUGCAAACACGAACACUUCAUCCCCUUUUCUCUGGGUCCGAGGGUGUGUCUCGGUGAAUCUCUGGCGAGGACAGAGCUCUUCCUCUUCUUCACCUCUCUGAUUCAGCACCUGCAGUUCUCCUGGCCCCCAGGAGUUCCGCGUCCCAACAUGGACGGCAACAUGGGUAUGAUCCGUACUCCGUACCCGUUCAACACCUGCUGUCGCAGUAGGGAGCCGACCCACUGAGCCCUCACGUGGACGACACCGUCUCUGGACUGCAACCCUGUGCUUCACACAAACAUACACACACACACACACACACUCUCUUCCAUUACACCACAGGCAUAGUUUUGUUGUGUCCAUGGAGAUAGUUCUGAUGUGGGACACUUACCUAUGCAGUGAGUACAAAGGUGCAUUUCUGGCUCUGUGAUUGUGUGUAAAGGUGACUUACCAGGAAUGUGUACAAUGUGCGUGCGAAGAUUAUGAACACUUAUAAUGGUUCCCUAAUGACAAGUGAAGUUUGUUUGCUUAGGUUUAUAAAGCAAGUAUUAUUCAUAUAAUAUAAACAUUAUAUAACUUUGGAUACAACACUGUAAGAACUGAUAAAUAAAGAAAUUGUUUCUUUAUGCUAAAAUACCAUAAUCUUACACUUCUUUACAAUGAUAAACAUUCUUAUUCAUUCAACACAGUUUGAAGUCUGCUGAACUCAUUUUACAAAACUCUGCACACACUUCAGAGGACACUGUACAGUUCUCACUGGAAACACACCUGUCUCAUUUUCCUAAACACUGGUGUCACCAAGCAAAACUCAGUUUGUCUAUAACUAUAGACAUGGUACUACCCUACAGAAAUACAGUGAUAUAGAUGGUUCCGUUCUGUGAGUUCAGUAGUAUAGUAUGGAGGGAGAGGUCUACUUACCUAUUCU